GCAUGUUCAUUUUUUGUAACUACAACCACCACCCAUGUCAUUACAACCGCUACCUGUGUCACUGUAGCCCCCGCCCGUGUCACUGCAACCAUCGCCCGGGUCACUGUAGCCACCGUUCGUGUCACUGUAGCCACCGCCUGUGUCACUGUAGCCACCGCCCGUGUCACUUUAGUCACCGCCCGUGUCACUUUAGCCACCACCUGUGUCACUUUAGACAUCACUGGCGCCAGAUGCACUGAACUUCGCCUUGCCUCUUCCUGCCACCACUGCCAUUUGACCACAAUGGCCGCCACCGGAUCCUCCGGAAACUCCCGCCGCACAACCAUUG